CUUCAACACGACUUAGCUCAGCUCAGUUCACUUUGCGCAAUGUUCGGAAUCGGAGCAAUAGAUGUGAAACCAAUUGCCGGAAGGCGACCUUUUCAGGCAGUGGUGCUGACGAUCCUGGCAGUUCUGGCAUCAGCUGAUCGAGCCCAAGCGUUCCUCAAAUCCUUCGAAGAGCUAAGUGUUCAUACGCUUCCCGAUUCGGGUUCGUUGGACGAUUGUUCUCUUCGCAUGCAGAAACUGGUAGAUCGAGAAGCAUUGCCCACUUCAGCUGAGUAUCCCUCAUAUUCGAGGGAGUUUGCACACUUGGCAGCAAUUGGAUGGAAACAAUCCACUGGCGACGUUGAGUGGAGAUGUUCCGGCACUUUGAUUGCGGAAGAUUUUGUGCUCACCGCAGCCCACUGUACUCAAGACGAAGAGGCAGAACCCACAGCAGUCCGAUUCGGUGACCUAGAUCUUUAUAACGCCGAGGAUGAUCGCUUUGCUCAGCAACUGGAAAUCAAGGAAAUCAUUCGAUAUCCACAGUUCGAUUCCAACAGCGCCUAUCACGAUGUGGCGUUGAUCAGACUUGCAAAACCGGUGACUGUGACUGAUUUUGUAACACCGGCUUGUUUGUUUACCAAUGAUUCAUCUUCAUUUUCAAAAAUGUAUGCCACCGGAUGGGACUUUUAUACUGAUGUCUCACCACCAAUCUACAACACUGCCUUGAAUCAUAUUGAUCAGGAUCGAUGCAAGUUUUGGUAUCGUACCAAUAGGGAAGCCUUCCGUAAGGGGAUCAAUCGAAUGCUGAUGUGUGCCGGUGAUGAAAUAAUCAAAACCUGCCCUGGGGAUACCGGUGGGCCUCUACAGGUCCGACUGCUAUCCAGUUCCAAGUAUACGCCAUUUGUCAUUGGCAUAUCAGUGCUAGGAGUUCCAUGCGGACAAACAACGCCCGGGGUUUACGCAAAGAUAGCUCAUUAUAUUAAUUGGAUCGAAGACGUAACCAAGAGGAAUUAUUUUCCCCAAGAGUGUGUCACAAGGCACAUUUCGAAACGGGAAUGGGAUGAGGCGCUUGUUCCAGCUGCUGUCAAGAGCACUUAUAACCACCCACAACUGACCGGCAAAAAGGAAUCGAUGUCGGUCGACCCACUUAACGCUCAGCUACAGAUCUUCAAAGAAUUCAAGUGUGCCGUAGGGAAGGACGCCGACAACAUUGAUUGGAUCUGUGGCUGUACGAUAGUGGCACAGGAUUUCGCACUGACAUCAGCUCGUUGCGUGAAGAAUAUCGACGUCGACAUCGUCAACUACAAAAACGACUGGAAGCACAUUGACGAGAUAAUCUUCCACCCGGAGUACGACAAAAAAACGCUUUACAACGAUCUGGCACUGAUACGGCUGCAGACCGAUAACAGGAAUCGAUACGAUUGGAAAUCCGUUUCUUGUGUCGCCGGCAUCGGAGAUCAAAGCCGGUUCCUUUCGUUCGGCAUCGGACCGUACAACUUGAACGAUGACGGCACGAUGGAUAACAACACCGAUGGGACCGAGCGCUACCUAACAGCCACUUUAGAACUGCUACCAAGGGACAACUGCACCGAGUACUACAAGAAAUAUGGCAUCCUGAAGGAUGGCAUCAACGAGACACAAUUUUGCACCUGGUCCAAGGACUUUCUCGUGCCGGGGGCAUGCGAGCCGUGGAAUGGGAACGAAGUGCUGAACGAAAUGAGACCCGCGAGUGACACCAAUCCAUUCCCGGAGGAUCUGAUUGGGGUCGGUUCAUAUGCGCCUGACUGUGGAUUUGGUCGACCGUUGGUUGCGUCCCGGGCAGUGGCCUUCCGCGAAUGGAUGAAUUCGGUUAUCUACAAAACGAUUAACGUCAACACCGUACCCCAAGUGCUGAUGGAAAAGGAACUGGCACUGGACUAUAUCUGCGAGGGAACGAAUCGUGAGGCCGGCGUUUGCGUCCAUAUUGACCACUGCAAUCAUCGGGCACUGCUGGUCGAAAUCAAAUUCUGCGCCAAUGAAACGGCACCGAUAGUGUGCUGCCCGGUGAACUCGUUCAUUGCCACCGCUCAUCUGCCGCUGCUGACCGACUGUGAAACCAAUUACCAGCGCUUCAGGAAGAAGCAUGUCGAUUUCGCGUCACCCGAAGGGCUCCGCAUCGAGGAGAGCGAACAUCCGCACUCGGUCAUGAUUGGGUGGAAAGUCAAUAAGACUGCUACCAACUGGAACUGCAUGGGCACGUUAAUUAACAAAAACACCGUUCUUACGACGGCGGGCUGUACCAACUCGGUCAAAAGACGCAGUCCGGAUGUCAUCAGCAUCGGUGAACCCGACGUCAGUAAAAUCAACGACGGUGAGGCACAAAUUAUCCCAGUGAUGGAAACCAUUCCCUACCCCAGUUACAACCCGAAAACACACGACAACGACAUUGCCAUUCUGAAGCUCGACUCGGACGUUUCUGUCAACGAGAAUGCGGUGCCGGCCUGUUUGUGGCGCGAUUUAAAUCGAACGCCUUACUACGCACAGGAGGUCCAGUUCAAUAAACAGUUUUUCACCGCUCGGGACAAGAACCUGGUGCACAAUCGGGACUGCAAACAGUUCACCUCCCACACCGAGCUGACCAACGAUCAGAUGUGCUGGCAGGAGUUGAAGCUGCACCCGAAUGGUACCGAGGCGGGCAACUGCGGCCACAAGGGCGAUCCGUUCAUCGCGUUCCAGCGGACCAACAGCGUCUACCUGCCCUAUCUGGUGGGGCUGUACAGCUUCGGGGACAAACAGCGGUGCGUUUCCGGUGAGCCAGUGGUCGCAACCCGGAUCUCGUCCUACAUCAACUGGAUCAGUCUGUAUUUACUGUAAUGGGGUGUGUACAGUGCAGUGACCAGCGUGUAAGCGAUGCGGCGCACAGUGGCGUGCAUUCGGAUAAAAAAAUAUACAAAACUAUAUGAAUUUAAAGUCGUGAAACCUCCAAAUGUAUUUAAGAUCAAGCCGCGUAACCUUUGAUCUAUCGGUUUUUUAUUGAAUUAUAAAACGAGCAAUGGGUGAUGUCUGGGACAUAACCGCGAAGUGUGAAGUGACAUAAUAUACCCGACUUCCGAAAUAAUUUGAUUUCGAAAAAUAAUUUGUAAUAUGUACUAGUAAUAAAAAAGAUAUUUUAGUUACUAGAUGAAGAUUGUCGCUACUGUUCCCUUUGUUCUGCUGUCCGAAACAUGUGUGGUACAUACCUGUCAAAUCGUAUGGAUUUUCCUUCUUUGACAUUUAGCUCCCCUAUCCUCGCCAGCAAAAGAUGUUCCGGACAGCGACGACAGCGACAAUCUUUAUCUAGUAACUAAAAUAUCUUUUAGUAAUAAGGAUAGGUCAGAAAAUGUUUAAAACAAUUUAGAUAAUGAGAAUGUUUCGAAAUUUUUCAUUGAUAAAAAUAAGUAAUGAAUAAAUUUUGUGAUCCCUUCCAAAAGAUUGUUGGGAAGUUUUUAAUUACUCUUACUUACUGACAUUUACGAAAAAGAUAGAGUUUUGAAUUCAAAAUAUUGAUACUGGUAUCACUAUUAGCAUGUACAUUAUUUGUAAAAAAGAUCAAUGGCGUCGGUUACGCUGGUGGACCCUAAGGUCUUAACAGUAGAAGCAUAAGUACUAGAACGCUAGUGGCGCUGUAGUCAUUUAAAUUAUUUUGCCAAAUUAUGCUCCAACAAGCUUCAAUUGGCCAUAAUUUAUGCAUCAUGCUGUAGGUUAUGUUUAAUUCCAUCACCAACAUCGGUUUGACAUUUGGUCGGGGUUCGACCAAAUCGCACCAAGCGCCAACAAAAAAUUACUCAUUUUUCUACCCAAGUUUUCGUUUAGUAGAUUUAGUUGGUCAUCAAUCGCAUCGGAUAUCCCUUAACCCCAUAACUGAGGAUAUCCUACAACAAAUGAAUAAAU